AUGAGACUGCGUCAGCGACAGAGAACUGGUGAAAAAAGAUUGUCCCUUUCUGGAAGACCGCCCCACAAAUCUGGACUGAACGAGGAAGUACGACUAGGACGUGUCCGCAUCUCCCUCCGACAGGAGCCCUCCAGCCGCCCGAAAUCGAAGGGAGAGGAGAAGCCAGACAUGACUUAUUCUAGUAAUUAUCUUCAUCACCAUCGGCCGCAUCGUGAUACGUGUCUACGUGUUGGCAACACUUCAGGUCUUCCCUCGCUGUCCCGCUUCUGUCUCCGUGUGCGACUUAAGGAAGUUUACGCAUGCACCACUGCCUCUUGUGGAUGGCGCGAUUGGGGCGAAACAAACGAUCACACCAGCGUUGCACAGCCUAACUCCCCUUGCGCACACACAAACUUGCCCCUGAUGGCCGGUGCAAGGAUGCAGCAUGCUGAGGAGCGAGAAUGUCUGACACAUCUGGCAGUCUUGACAAAUCCUACAGAGAAGGUCGGUCCGUCUGCCCAGGAUACCGUUUCCAUAACUAAUCCACACAUCUAUUCUGCCUACAUGCUCCUCUCUUCUGGUGGGCCAGGAGACCUGUCACUGAGCCCUGAUGUUCUUAUCAUCGAUUCCAACGUUGACUCGAUGCCUGAAAUGGACCUAGGACACAAGCCCGGGGAUCCCCUCACUCAAUGCGCUCCCCUGAAUACCAAUGUUGCCCCGUCUGAGUUUUGCCAAAUCUGA